AUGCCGUCCAGCUCACACGCCGACAAAUCGAGGCAAACGUCGGCUGGAAAAUCGUUUUUCGGACGCAAGUUGUACAAAGAGAAACCUGCGGAGGAUCGAUAUGAUAAUUAUGGCGGUUCCUUCGACAGCCUGGCUCCCCCGGGGAGUGCCGCUGGCUCACGCUCAUCCCGCUAUUCAAAGCGGUCUUCAAUCCAAUCCGUCGAUAUGACCCAUGACUUAGACACAGGUAGCCUCGCUCCCACUGCCGGUGUGAUCACUUCCAUCCCCUUCGAAAGCCUUCCUUCCGACACGCGCACGCCCAUCUCAAUCGACAGCAUGUCCCGUCCGGAUUCGCGCCAUGAACCCUCGCCCAACCACCUGGGUAAAGCUGGAGCGGACUUCCACCAAUAUCCUACCUGGACCUCGACAUCUGCGCCAAAUGGCUCGCCUUCACAUCCCUCUGGCCCGCGUCCUCCCCCGCAUGGCUCAAACACCACCAUGUCAAGUAGCCAGUCGGGCGCGGGCGGUGCCAGAUAUCAACAAUGGGGACGACCAGGUAGUUCAGCCGCGAACAUGGGUCCCAGCCAUAAUUCCUCUUCGAUCGAUUCAUCCUCCAACUCGCGCACCUCUCUCGACCAAACAAGCCUUUAUUCCUCUGUUUCGUCGAAUGCGCGGGGUUCAAACUACUUCGCCUCGGACGGCUCUUCCCGCACCCUCACACCCUCACAUUCAAGUGAUCGCAACAUUGGUUUCCCUCAAAGCUCUAAUUCUGGCCGCUUGUCAAAUGCCCCAUCAACACACCAGAUCUCGCAACCUAUACCGGCCGCUGUACCCCGGCCACAAGAUAAUUAUCUCACUCGACCGAGAGACGACCGGAUUGUGGAUCAGCUAUUUCUGGAGUUGAUGCAGAAGAGAGGCUGGCAGAAUCUUCCUGAGCAAGCGAAGCGGCAGAUGUUGUCAUACCCCGCCUCAAAGAAAUGGACGCUUGUACACCAGGAUCGUCUUACUGAGUUACAAGGCGAGCAGAAGAGACGACAGAAUGCCCGACAAACUCAUGGUCAUGAUGGUCUGUCUGGUUUGCUGGAGCGUGCUGACGAAGAUGGUAGUCCGGAGUGGUAUGUGAAGAAGGUUAUGGAUGAUACUAUUACUUCCAAGCAGCUUGCCAGCUUGAGCGUGAGCUUGCGCACACAACCUAUCAGCUGGGUGAAAGCCUUUGUUGAAGCUCAAGGUCAAGUUGCAUUGACCAAUGUCCUCUUGAAGAUCAAUCGUAGGAAAGCAUCUGGUCCUGUACCAGCGCCACCAACGGGAGAUAAGGAUCUCGACCGCGAAUAUGAUAUUGCCAAAUGUUUGAAAGGUCUCAUGAACAACAAAUAUGGUGCAGAUGAUGCUCUAGAACAUCAAAAUGUCCUGGUUGCCCUUGUCAGCUCCCUAUCAUCCCCCCGUCUGAACACCCGGAAACUCGUCAGUGAGGUUCUUACCUUCCUCUGUCACUGGGGCGAUGGCCAAGGCCACCAAAAGGUCCUCCAGUCCAUGGACAAGGUCAAAAACGACCACAAUGAAACUGGCCGCUUCGACGCCUGGAUGCGUAUCGUCGAGGUCACCAUCGAUGGCCGUGGAAAGAUGGGCAGUCUGGUCGGUGCCAGCGAGGAGUACCGCAGCGGUGGUAUCGGCAUGGAGAACCUACUCAUGGAAUAUGCCGUGUCAACCAUGAUCCUGAUCAACAUGUUGGUCGAUGGAGCCGAAACAGACCUGCAGCUACGAUGCCACAUCCGCGCACAGUUCACAUCAUGUGGAAUCAAACGUCUGUUGACCAAGAUGGAGGGCUUCCAAUACGAGGUCAUCGACAAGCAAAUCGAGCGGUUCCACGAUAACGAAGCUAUCGAUUAUGAGGAUCUCCUUCAGCGCGAGAACAGCAGCGUCAAGGAUAGCAUCGAGGGCGAAGUCAAGGAUAUGAGCGAUCCCAUGCAGAUCGUUGAUGCAAUUUCGUCCAAGAUCAAUGGCAGUCGCUCUCACGACUACUUCCUGUCCGCCAUGCAGCAUAUGCUUCUGAUCCGGGAGAACUCCGGUGAGGAGGGGCUGCGUAUGUUCCAGCUGGUGGACGCUAUGCUGAGCUACGUGGCUAUGGACCGAAGGUUGCCCGACCUUGACCUACGGCAGGGGUUGACCUUUACCGUGCAGAGCUUGUUAGAUCGACUGCAUACCGACGCUGAGGCGAGACGGGUAUACGAUGAGUCUCUCGAGGCUCGGCAGAUUGCCGAGGCUGCCAUCGCCGAGCGUGACGAGAUGAGAGCCCAGGUUGAGCUUGGUGCAGAGGGCCUGGUCAAGAAGCUGCAGAAGCAAAUUGAAGAGCAGGCUGGCAUUAUCGAGCUGCAACAACGACAGAAUGAAUCUUUCAAGGCUGAGGUUGCGGAAGUACAGCGAUUGCGUGCGCAGGAAUUGCAACGCAAUGAGUUGGAAACUAGAGAAUUAUACCUCAUGCUCAGAGAUGCUCAGGAUAUCGCCGCUUCAAAUGCUCGCAAGGCUGCCAAUCCUGAAGCCGAGGCUGAUCCUUCCCAGAUGCCUGGUAUCAUGGAUCGGGAACGACUCAUGGAGCGUCUGGAGCGUCAGCUCGAGCGGACCAAGACCCAGUUCAAGCUUGAAGGCAAGGUUUGGGGCCAGCAUGGACCAUCUGAUCGCUUGCGUGAAUUACGUGAGAAGAUGGAUGGCGAGGGUGAGGACAGUGAUGAAUUCGCUGAAACUACCAGACGCAACCUGGACCCCGGUUCUCUGGGCUCUGUCUAUCGCAAGCGCAGCCAUGUCCCUGAGAUGGAUGCUGUUGAGGAUGGAGAAGAAAUCUUGGACAACAAUGGCCAGCCGAUUGAUCGGGCUCGUCUUGCUGAUCUAUACCGUCACCGUCUGAACCCUGCCCAGGCUACUGGUUUACUAGGCGAGAUUGCGUCUAGGGUUCCUAAGUUCGAUGCUGAAGAUCCUGAUGCUACUCCGACUGCACCUGAUGCUGCUGAAGGUGAGCAGACUCCUGUCGCAGCUCUGCCCCCUCCGCCUCCUCCUGGAGGCAAGAUGGUCCCUCCACCACCUCCUCCCCCCGGAGGCUUGGCUGUUCCUCCUCCCCCACCUCCGCCAGGUGGCAAGAUGGUUCCCCCUCCACCUCCACCACCGGGUGGAGCAGCUGGACUGCCUCCUCCCCCGCCGCCUGGUGGAAAGGUUGGACUGCCCCCUCCACCUCCGCGGGGUGGUACCAAGGGUGUUCCUGGACUUCCACCACCGCCUCCACCCCCCGGUGGAAAGGGUCUCAUGCCUCCUCCGCCUCCACCCCCCAACGCUCCCCUUGGCUCCGGCUGGCGAGCGGCAUACCUGGUUGGCGAUGUUUCACCUGGUACAACCAUGAUGCCUUCUAUCCGACCUAAGAAGAAGCUCAAGGCUCUGCAUUGGGACAAGGUCGAUACUCCUCAAGUGACUGUCUGGGCUGCGCACGCGCCCACCGCCGAGCAGAAAGAAGAGAAGUACACCGAGCUCGCUAAGAAGGGUGUAUUGGACGAAGUCGAACGACUGUUUAUGGCAAAGGAGACCAAGAUCUUCGGAGCCAGCACCGCCGCCAAGCAGCGCAAGGACAAGAAACAGAUCAUCUCGAACGAUUUGUCCAAGAACUUCCAGAUCGCCUUGGCCAAGUUCUCUCAAUAUCCCGCCGAAGAGGUAACCCGCAUGAUCAUCCACUGUGACAAGGAUAUUCUCGACAACAUGGUCGUCAUGGACUUCUUGCAACGAGAGGAGAUGUGCAACAUUCCCGAGAACGUCGCCAAGCUCAUGGCACCAUAUAGCAUGGACUGGACCGGCCCUGGCGCAGCCAGCUCUGAUCGGGAACAAGAUCCUACUGAGAUCACCCGUGAAGACCAGAUUUAUCUCUACACUGCCUUCGAGUUGAACCACUACUGGAAAGCAAGAAACCGAGCUCUUGCUCUGACACGCUCAUAUGAACCAGAGUACGAGCAUCUCUCAAGCAAACUGAAGGAGGUCGCACGAGUCAGCGAGUCACUGCGUGAUUCCGUUUCCUUGAUGAACGUUCUCGGUUUGAUCCUGGAUAUUGGUAACUUCAUGAACGACGCAAACAAGCAAGCCCAGGGUUUCAAGCUGAGCUCCCUUGCUCGACUGGGCAUGGUCAAGGACGACAAGAACGAGACGACCUUUGCUGAUCUUGUCGAGCGUAUCGUUCGUAAUCAGUAUCCUGAGUGGGAAGGUUUCCUUGAGGAGAUCAGUGGUGUCAUUGGUCUGCAGAAGAUUAAUGUUGAUCAGCUGCGCACUGAUGCUAAUAAGUACAUCGGCAAUAUCAAGAACGUGCAGUCCAGUCUAGAUGCUGGUAACCUGAGUGAUCCCAAGCGAUUCCACCCUGAGGAUCGUGUCAGCCAGGUCGUUCAGCGGUCUAUGAAGGAUGCCCGGCGCAAGGCUGAGCAGCUGCAGCUCUAUCUCGAUGAGAUGGUCAAGACGUAUGAUGAUAUUAUGGUCUUCUACGGUGAAGACAAUGCGGACGAGAAUGCCAGACGUGACUUUUUCGCCAAGCUAAGUGCGUUCUUGGUUGAGUGGAAGAAAUCCCGCGAGAAGAAUACUUCUUUGGAGGAAUCGCGGAAACGCACAGAAGCAUCCCUCGCUCGCAAGCGUAUCAACGUUAACCUUGCCAACAAUGGUCCCCCUACGGAAACUGCCAAUUCGCCUGCUACAAGUGGUGCCAUGGAUUCAUUGCUUGAGAAGCUACGUGCCGCGGCGCCUCAAGCCAAGGAUCAACGAGACCGUCGUCGUCGUGCUCGUCUCAAGGAGCGCCAUCAGGUCCGUGUGGCCUCUGGCCAGAAACCGCCGUCUGAUAUAAAUGACGCGGAAGAAGAAGAUGGGACUGAGAAGCCGGCUGAUGGCGAAGGCCGUGCUGACGAGAAUGGUCAUCUCAGCCCUCCAAUCCCUGAAGACGAAGAUGGCAAGCAAGAAGCUCAGGUUUCUGAAGGGGAGGAUGUUGCCGAUCGUGCUGCUAGCAUGCUCCUCGGUCUACGGAGUAAUUCUGAUGCAGGCGGCGAGCGCCAAAGAAGGAGAAGAGAGAGCGCCGACGAAGAGCGUCGUAAUCGCCGCAUGAGACGCCGCAAUCCUGCAACGAGCGGAAGCAAAGAUAGUGCCGAUGGCGGCCUUCCCACAGUGCAAGAACCUGCUUCUCCAACGCGGACGGAAUCCGCAGUCACGGAUGAUCCCCCCGCCAGUCCACCCGACUCUCAACCUCCACCUUCGAUUGUCGUCUCAGAGCAGGAUGACGCAUUAUCACAAGACCCUCCCUCGGAGGGUUCCUCCCCCAGAAACCAAUCGAUUUGUCGGACUGAGUCUGCCGACUAUCUCUAA